AUGCUAUAUAAUUUAUAAAUUGAAAGAAAAGAAAUUAAUCAGGAUUACUAAUAUGAAUGGGUUAUUAGAAAUGCUGAUUUUAUAAAUAUAGAAAAAAGGAAUUCCUAUGCUGAUAAUACAGAAUAAAGUUAGAAUCGAGAUUAAGAAAUGGAAUACAGAGUAAAUCAUUUUUGAUCAAACUCUUAGAUUUUAAGAAUUCUUACAGAAACCUUAUAUAUUUGA